ACUUAACACCUGGUGGGCGGUGAGCUCGUCCACCCAACUAAGCAAUAAAUAAAAAAGCAUGCAACUUGGUUUUCUGGUUCAAAUUCUUUUAUAGCUAGGUAGACGUCACUUUACCCGGAUCUUUUCUAUACAUAGAAGUACAAAGUAAGUUAGGUACCUAUUCAAUAAAAAUAAAAACUCGGAAUUCAAUGAACAGAAAUAAAGAAGUCGUUUUUGCACCGCUUCAACCUUGCGGUGUUGUAAAUGUCCGCGGUGUGCGUAUAUUUUUUGGCGAGAAUUAUUUAAUUGUAAUUUAAUAUUAUGUGUAGUAAGUCCGGACUGGUAGGUGCCUCUCUGCUGCUCAUUUCUAUGAAAAUAAAUAAAAUGCAAUAAAAAAUAAAUGUGCAAUCAAUAUUUAAAUAAGAUAGUAAAAGAUUUUAACGAACACCAUUAUACUUUGACCAUAAAUUCCGAGUAGUGUUCCAUUGCGUACUAAACAAAGGACCGAACCCCGAAUCCCGUUUUUUUAUUAUUAUUUUAGAACCGAGUCUUUUUGUCAUCAUCGUUUCAGUAAUAACCGGCACUACAAAAUGCCUUCGUUUUCCAUGGCCUCCGUAUUUUUACUAGCUAUUAUCUCAAUUUCAUUUAUUUAAUUUUUCCAAAUUAAUGAAUAAUCAUCCAGUGUAAAUGUUUUAAAUUGUUAUUAUCGUCAACUUCCCAUGCGCAGGAAGAAGUCAAGGCCAAAAUAAUCAACACAAUAAAUUGUAGUCGAAAAAAAUGUAUCUUUGUGACUACGUUAUUUUAUAAAUAUAUUUGUUAUGUUUAAAUGAGUAUCGGCAUCAGAAACAAUGGGACCAGUCGCAUUAACGCGGUUUAAUUAACAGUAAUAAUUAUCCCUGCUCGGAGUUCAAGUGAAUUAGACAACUCAUGGCGUAGACUUCAGUGUAUCUAAUCUAGGUUACGUGGUAAUGCAUUUACCGGUUAUUAAUUAUCUUGUUUAUUUGUUGCCUUGAAGUGAUCAUGCGUGUUCACUAGGUCGGACGGGUUAGUCUUGUUUUACAAUCGAAGUGACGGAAAUAUACGUCUUUCUACACUAACGUCAACAGACCCAAAACCAAAAUGUGGUCGUUCCCGAUCCCUGACGGUUUCGGUAUGGAUCCGAUGGUACCGAACACACUGGUGGUAUCAGCAGACAUCAUGGACCGGAUCGGAAGCGGACUUUCGUUGCUCCGAGAUCACGGCAAAAAAGUACAAAAGUACAUGUGGAAAAACAGAAAAUUUGACGUACUGAAGAAGCCUACGAAAUCUUUAGUAAAUAUUGUAUUAAUCGAAGCUAAAGACUUGCCGGAUGACCAGACUACAACCUGCAAUGGCCUCUACUGCAAGUUCAAGUUAGGCAACGAAUCUCACAAAUCUAGACAAGUAUUGAAAACAAAGCCUGCGUGGUGUGAGAGAUUCAAUAUAUAUUUGUACGAGGAAAACAAUUUAGAGGUAUCCUUGUGGCAUAAAGGAAAACAGAAAAACUUUAUGGGAAGAUGCGUCAUUGACCUUUCUCGACUCGAAAAAGAAAAGACUCACGAUAUUUGGCAGGAAUUGGAAUGUGGAUACGGUUUUAUACAUAUGUUGAUCACGGUCAACGGAUCACAGUUAACCAGAGGAUUGGCUGUUGACAAUAUACCGACAAGCAACAACGUUUUACACCCAACACCAAAUAUUGAAGAAUUUUCAUGGUAUCGCCUAAAGAACAAUUGGAAUGAAGUGGGUCAGUUGUCAGUGACUGUAUACGGCGCCAGAGGGCUAAGUCCACUCGGGAUCAGCGGAAAGGCUGAUGCAUAUUGCGUUUUAGUCUUGGAUAACUCAAGGAUACAGACUCACACAGUCCGUGGCGCGGCAGAGCCGAUGUGGAACAAAAGUUAUACAUUUGCCGUAAACGAUAUUACGUCAACCCUGGAUAUCAAAGUUCACGAUGAAUCGAUUAUCGGUGAAACUCUCGGUAAAAUAUCGAUACCACUCUUACGAAUCAUCAACGACGAGAAAAGAUGGUACGCGCUAAAAGAUAAAAUGAAAAAGUCGAAUGCGAAAGGAAACUGCCCCAGGAUACUCCUGCAGAUGUCCAUUGUAUGGAAUCCGUUAAAAGCUGCGCUACGAACUUUAAGUCCUAAGGAAGCGAAAUACGAUCAGAAGACGCCUAAAAAAUUUAGUAUUCCCUUAAUAUAUAACAAUCUGCUGUUCAUCAAAGAUAUAUUUAAUGUGGUACAUACAGGGAACGAAUAUUUAAAGAAUUCAUUUGAAUGGGAGAACAGAGAGAAGUCGGUGCUAGCGUUAUGCGCUUGGCUGGUCUUCUGGUUCUUUUUCCGAAUGUGGAUGACACCGCUGCUAGUUCUUCUGCCGUUCCUUUACUACUGGACCGGUCACCGCAGCAAUAGUACUACUAAUUCAUUAAGUAACAUUUACGGAUCCGAGGAUGAAUUAUCCGAAGAGGAUCUUGAAUCAACGAAGGAUGAAAAAACGAUUAAAACCCGUCUCUACGGAUUACAGGAAUUGACGUUUACAAUAAAAGACGGCAUCGAUUACAUAGUGUCACUUUUAGAGCGAGUUAAAAAUUUAUUGAACUUCACUGUACCGUACCUAAGUUAUUUAGCGAUGGCUGCAAUGGUGGGUCUCAGCGUGGCGUUUUAUUUAAUACCUGCGAACUACAUCUUCAUGGCAUUGGGUAUUUAUAAAUUUACUCGUAAAUACUUGAAUCCCGAUCGAGUUCCGAACAAUGAUAUCUUGGAUUUCAUAUCGAGGGUGCCCGACGAUAGGACACUGAAACAAUGGCAGGAAUUGAAAGUACCCGAACCGAGCUUAAGCAGGACAGGAUCAAAGUGCAGAAGAUAAUGAACGCUUGUCUUAUCGUGAAUCCAAUUUGACACUUAUCCAUUUGCUUACAUGCUAUUUUUAUCUAUAAUGUAUAUUAAUUGAUAAGUCAUGUUUUGCAUAACGCUUAGAUCUGAUUAGACGUAUGUACUUAAUGUAUUAGUAUUAGGGCGAGGAUUAUAUUUAAUUUAUCACCUACAAUAUUUGUUGUAAGAGACAUUCAAUUUAAUAGGGGGCCGUAUGAUGUUCAGGUCUGGAAUUAAAUGUAAUACUGAGCUUAAUCAAACAAUGUAGAAAAGUUAUUACACGUAUUUUCAUUAUUUAAUAAUGCUCCUGAAGGUUUGGUCUUUUUUAUCUAUAUUAUGUACUAGUACCUGCUUUAGAAUCUCUUUAGAAGAAAACGAUUGUCAGAAAUAAAUUACUUUUAGCGAUAGAACCGCUUAGUGUACUAAAUACUAAUGACACCUACCUAUUGAGUUUUAUUCAAUUUUAAUUAUGGCGUGCUAUAAAGUAUACUCUCUCUCGCUCUCUCUCUCUCUCUGAAUCAAUCAAAGGAGCUCACCUACACGCUAGGAUAACGCUGAUAUAGCUUCUCAACGCUAUAAGCAUAGGUAGGCGAAAAAAAGGGCGCUAGGAUUUGCUGGACUCCGGUAAUCACUUAGCAAAGGGUGGGCCGUGAACUCGUCCACCCAUCUAAGCAAUAAAAAAAAUGGGGCUCCCAGUUUGUGAACUAGUAUUCUCUUAUCUCACAAUUGAUAACUUUAUUUUAAGUGCGAAACGAAAAAGCGAUAUUAUAUUUUAAAUACUAAAUAAUAAAAUAAUUUAUAAUGCAGAAAAAUAGAAUAGAAUAGUGAUUUGUUAUCGGUUGUGAUCUUUUCGGAAAUAGGCUCUGGGUAAUUUUCCGGAGUGCUUCAUCGAAGAAGGAUUGAUGAUCCAUAAUCUAUAUAUAUAAAAAUGGAUAGCGGUUCGUUAGUCUCGCUAAAACUCGAGAACGGCUGGACCGAUUUGGCUAAUUU